UGUUAAUAUUACAGAAGACUUGAGGGGUGAGAAAAUCCUGAUGAUGUAUGAAAGUGGUAGGAGCCUGGGUGGUUUUUUGAAUGCCUUGUGCUUAAACCAGAGGUGUUUCUUUACCGUCUUUGCUUUUGUUUCAUGAAUCUUUUCUUUUCCUCCCUUUUCUUGUGCUACUGUAUGCUUUUUCUAAAACUAGAGAAAAAUGUUAGUAUACUGAUACUAGCAGUGAUAUGGGAUCUUGUAGUUAAUGUCUGAUACUUAAGGGAGCAGUUAUGAUUGCAUGUUUCAUUUUACUUUAUUACGUCUGGACAGUGGAAUAUUUUAUUUAGCACCUUCAAUGUUGUCCUAAUAGGUUUAUUUAAAAGUAAAUCUGGAACAUGAAAGAGGAAUGAAGUAGCUACUAAGUUUUUAUUUUAAAGGUGACUUGCACAUUUGAAUGUGAAUGUCAGAAUAUGUAAGCGUGCACAUAAUUACAGGGGUGCUGUUGCUGCAGGUGCAGCCUUUUCAGAGAUGUAUUAAUAAGGUGCUUAAAUGAGUUAGUAUUUUAUCCUUUCUUAUACUGGGUUCUAGAAAGUCUUUAUCACUGCAGAGUAGGGUUCUUAUGUGGCAUAUAAUCUGGUAGUGUUAACUGGGACAUUUUCAGCUGAGAGCCAGAGAGAUGUAUACAUAGAUAUCUUUGUUUUCUAAAGAUGUCUAAAAUGUUACCUAGGUGGUGCUUCUUCCUGUGUGCCAAUAUUGGAAUUUGAAUUUUAGCAGCCUGCUGUUUUCUGGCAAUAAUCUGACUUUGACUGUAAAGGAAACUUUGAAGGGAAUGUUCUUACAUGAGUGUGGCUGUGCAAGAACUAUGAGAUACUUGGGUGAUGAGAAAAGUAAACAGUGCUUUAAAAUUGCCAGCGCAGCUGGGCUUAGAUUUUUUUUUUUUUCACCAGUAGAUGUGAAAGAUUGUGUUUGCGUGGCUGAAUGAGUAUGAUCUUUGGUAAUGGUGCAACCUAAAGAACUGGCAGUUGUUACCAGGGUGCUUGAAAAAGGAGAACUUUAAUACAAAUAUGAUUAGAAAAUUUGAUUGAACUUUUGGGGCUUUUUGUAAUUACCAUGUUUUCUUAUAGCUGGUGUUGCACUGCUCUGUUAGGUUUUGAAUACUGAAUCAAGGAGGAAAAGAUUAAGAAGAUUUAAAGGAAAAUUUCUCCAGUGUCAGUUUAGAGCAGAAAACUGAGCAAAUCCUGCUGAGCUGGGAGUAACUACUGUAGUUCCAGAGUUAGCGGUUCAGUCACACCAAUGUGUUGGUGAAUCCAAGCUGAAUGUGAGCAUUAUGGUGAAGAAAAGAUACUGCCAUCAACAGUAUAACUCUGUCAUAGAAUUCCUGUAAAAACUAAUAAAUAUUGCUGGUGGUGUGCAUCCUGGAGAUACGUUUUUACUACAGAUACUAUUGAGGUUUUGCGAAUGGGAUGAACACACUGCUGUUGACUGCUUACUGACACUAAUCAGCUGGGCACUUCACUGGUGAUGUUUUCAUCCUCACGUUGUCCAACUGGAGUUUGCUUAUACUGAUUUUUAAAAGGAAGAGGAAAUCAAGGUGGAGUACCGUAAACUUGACAUGGAUAAUAAAAAGAAAGACAAGGACAAGCCAGAUGAAAGAAUGGCACGGCCUAGUGGGAGGUCAGGCCACAAUCCACGUGGAACUGGUUCUUCAAAUUCUGGAGUGUUAAUGGUUGGCCCAAACUUCAGAGUUGGUAAAAAAAUUGGAUGUGGGAAUUUUGGAGAACUACGGUUAGGAAAAAAUCUAUACACAAAUGAAUAUGUGGCGAUUAAACUGGAGCCAAUGAAGUCAAGAGCACCACAGCUACAUUUGGAAUACAGAUUCUACAAGCAGCUAGGAUCUGGAGAUGGAAUACCUCAGGUUUACUAUUUUGGCCCAUGUGGCAAAUAUAAUGCUAUGGUGCUAGAACUACUUGGACCUAGUCUGGAAGAUUUAUUUGACUUGUGUGGUAGGACAUUUUCUCUUAAAACCGUUCUUAUGAUAGCCAUACAGUUGAUUUCUCGUAUGGAAUAUGUCCAUUCAAAGAACUUGAUAUACAGAGAUGUAAAACCUGAGAACUUCUUAAUAGGACGACCUGGAGACAAAACACAGCAAAUCAUUCAUAUUAUAGAUUUUGGUUUGGCAAAGGAGUAUAUAGAUCCAGAAACAAAGAAGCACAUACCAUAUCGAGAACACAAGAGCCUUACAGGAACAGCUAGAUACAUGAGUAUAAAUACGCAUUUAGGAAAAGAGCAAAGUAGAAGAGAUGAUUUGGAAGCUUUAGGUCAUAUGUUUAUGUAUUUCCUCAGAGGAAGCCUUCCAUGGCAAGGUUUAAAGGCCGAUACAUUAAAAGAACGCUACCAGAAAAUUGGGGACACAAAACGAGCAACCCCUAUAGAAGUAUUGUGUGAAAGCUUCCCAGAGGAAAUGUCAACAUACCUACAUUAUGUAAGAAGGCUAGAUUUUUUUGAAAAGCCAGACUAUGACUACUUAAGGAAGCUCUUCACAGACUUACUUGAUCGGAAAGGCUAUGUGUUUGACUAUGAAUAUGACUGGAUUGGCAAACAGUUGCCUACUCCAGUGGGUUCAGUACAUUCAGACCCUGCACUGUCUUCAAACAGAGAAGCAUAUCAGCACAGAGAUAAAAUGCAACAAUCUAAAAAUCAGUCAACAGACCAUAGGGCAGCUUGGGAGUCACAGCAAGCCAAUCCGCAUCAUUUGAGGGCUCAUCUAGCAGCUGACAGACAUGGUGGCUCAGUACAGGUAGUAAGCUCAACAAAUGGAGAACUGAAUACCGAUGACCCAACUGCAGGCCGUUCAAACGCACCCAUCACAGCUCCUGCAGAAGUAGAAGUAAUGGAUGAAACUAACUGCCAGAAAGUGUUGAACCUGUGGUGCUGCUGUUUUUUCAAGCGGAGGAAAAGGAAAGCCAUUCAGCGCCACAGAUGACUAGAACCAGGCAGAACAUGGGAAAUGGCUUAUUUGUUCAACUGCUGUCUUGUGAUCUUAAAAACAAAAAGAUCCCACCAAACUUCUGUAAUGCCACGUUUUCCAAGGGCUCCCUUAGAAACAAUGUCAUCCCUGUGCGCUUUGAUUUGGUUCUCCUGCAUCCAUCUUUCCUUUCUUUAAUUCAUCUAUUCUGAAAGCUUUAAGGUUUUGUCAAAUAUGAGUGCUUCUUUGACCAUCAAUAAAUGGACCAAUGAAAUGGUACAAAUGAACAGUAUCUUCAGCAAAACUAAACUUGAAAAGUAUUUCUCCUGUCUUAGGAAGUACUAGCAAUGUCUUAGCUGAAGACAGAUGUCAUAAAUUUGUUACUUGCUUUUGAUACGCUGCUACAAACUCAAUCUUAAGAUUUCUUUUCUGACACAUGCAUUGAUUUUGUUUUGUCCCAGUGAUACAGUACUGGUGACACAGUAAUCAAUUUUUAUCUGCAUUAAACCCUCUCUGUGAUAUCAUGGUACAGUCACUGUCUAGAGAUACUGAGGAGGCUGAUUUAACUGUUGAUGGUUGUCUAAAUGCUAUUGAAACUAAUGAAAAGAAAGUAUGUCUCUGGGUUUGAAAACUUGCUGCCGUUAAGCCUACAAUGGAAUUGCAGAAAAGUACAAAUAAUGAGAGUUUUCAUAUAAAGAAUACAAAGUUUGUAUAAUUUAAGUUGUGUAAUAAUAAGUUCCAGUAAUAUUAGCAAAAUUGAAACACCUUCAAAAGACAUCUACAGAGGAGUUCUGACAGAAUAAAGAAAUGUGAAUCUGGUUUAAGUAGAAUCAGUAUUAAAGCCUAUAUGUUCACUAAAGUAAUUGAUGAUUGACAACAUCUUUAAAAUAUGGAUGUGCCAUGUAAUGUUAGGCAUCUGUUUCUAAAUUAUUUUACUCUUUAAUUUAGAAAACAAAGGCAAUGGAACUGAGUUAGAUUUUUUCCUUCUCUGAGUACUGGCCCAUAGCACCAAAAAUUUCCCAAGUUUUUUUUCCUGGAAAUUUCUUGUCUUUCAGUGUAAUGUCACUACUAUAGUAGGAUGGAAAAGAUGUGUCAGGUACUUCCCCACUGUCCAAUGAAGAACCUGCAAUAUGAACAAACCAGCAGUUCUGUAGGCAAGGCAGCCCAUUCUGUAUUUUCUUCUUCAGAAAAUAUGUGCUGCUUCUAAAGCCAUAAUGACAGAGGUGUGCUUUUGUGUUGUAUAGCUGCCAGUUAUUGAAGAAGGUGUGUGAAAGAUGGAAGAGACUAGACAUAUUUGUUGACCAAAACUCAGAUUAUCUCAAUUUUUUAUAAUUCUUUGAACUAAGUAGCUGUUUUUUGUUUUUGUUUUUAAUCCAUGCAUGCCUUUUGGCAUACUUAUUUAUUUUUAAUCUGUUUUGUGAUAGCAUUUAAAAUGUGUAUUAAAGUAAGUGCACACCUUUGAAUUCAUUAUUGCAUUUACAAGGAUUUUAAUUGUAUUUUGUAAUUUAUUUUUCCUUAACAGCCAAAAGUGUAUUUUAUUAUUUAGAUUAAGUGCUCAUAUGUAUACUUUGAUCUUUGUCAUUAUUACUGUUCUUGAUCUGAACUUUGUCUUUAAAAAACCUGAACUUGGCCUACAAAAAUAUACUGUAUAACAGAUUGUAAGUUUCCACUCCACCAGUUUGUAUUACUGACUGUCUCAAACUCAUGAAGUUAUUUCUAUGUUUUUAUUUAAGCUGAAAAGGUAGGUUACUUGACCAUUAUUAUACGAAAACACAUCCUUCUUCGUAGUACUUGACCAAAUUUGUUGCUUCAUAAGAUUUGAUUUGUGAUUUUCUCACACACCUGAUUAGUUUUGAGGUUUUCAACCUGUACAGUGUUUGAAUGAUCUGAACUCCAUACACAUUAACAAGAAAAUGUGUAUGUUAUGAACUUAAAAUAUUUGAAUACAUGAAAGCUGGUUUUUUGCUGAAAUUACCAGUAUCUAGGCACCUGCUUUUCAACAAUAUUUUUUUUAAGUGCUUGAUUUUAAUGCUGAAGAAGGUUUUCUUCUAGCAAAGCAGUCAGUACUAAUGCAGGUAUGUUCAGGUUAUGCCAGUAUGAUCUGCAUUUAUAUCCUUUUUUUUCCUGUCUAAACUAAUGAAGUAAACAUUGGCUGGAUAUCUAAAAAUGAAAUACAUCCCUGUUUAAAUGUAAGACAAAAAAAAUAAAGAUAGUUUUUUAAAACUUGCCUUUUUCCCUCCUUUCCUACAGUCUUGAAUGAAAUAAUGGAAGCUGUUAUUUGUUAUGAACAGUUUUAAACUUUUUGGACAGCAAGGAAUUCAAAAGCAUGUUACCCAAAAUGCUACCUCAACAUUACAGUUACAGUUAUGUUUGCUUAGUUAACAAGUGUUAUUGUUAUAUGAUUUAAUAUACCUAAUGAUAACAAUAGAGUGAAGAGACAUCAAUGCACAUGUUUGUAACUAGGAAAUCUACUCAGGGUCUACGUGAAUUAAAGUCUAUGCUGUCUGUGCCACCUAGAAUAAAAACCAUUACAAAUACUGUGA